UGUGUGUAGAGACUCCAUGGAUACAGACAACAGCAGUCCCUUGUCCUCUCAUUUAAAAGACUUUAACUUUGAAAAGGAGAAGAAGAAGAGUAGGAUGCUGUGUGUGUGUGUGUGUGUGUACCAUCUCUACAUUAUGCAGGCCAGUUCAUACAGCCUCUCCCUCAAAGCCAAGCCUUUGACACAAGGUGUGGACCACAACACUGAUUUAACAGCCUCUUUUGUUGCACUUUGUGCCUGCUCCAAGCCUGUUACUCCCUGGGCUCUUUGGAAUAAACAGUUGCUUUAAACGAGUGGUAGUGGCAGAACCAGAGGAGCUAAACUGCAGCCAGGACCAGAAAAUGUUUGUGACUAUUCUGUUUGGAGACAGCAGGAUGGAAAUGUUCAAUCUCAACUGUAAGCUGAUACACUUCAUUCAUCAUAUAAAGAAGAGGUGCGGUCUGGACUUUAAAGGUGAAAUUUUGAAGUGUGUGGACCUGAUGGACAGCAGCGGCUCAGUGAUGAACUUAGAGGUGAAACAGCACAGUGUGGAUCUGGCCAGCAGCGUGCUGGAGGAGAGACAGUGCUAUGUCCUCCUACGAGUCUGCCGCGAUGAUGAUACUGGAGGUCAGAGAUAUGUGUCUCUCCUAAACAACUACAGCCAGAGUCAUCCUGAGUUAACAGAGCUGCUGAAGAAACUGUCAAACCCCAACAAGGAGCGAGACAGAAAGACAAGAGGAGGACGGACACAGAGGAGCAGCCCUGCCAAACAAACCAGGAGCAAAGACAUCUCUGCAAAUAACACAACCCACCACAUUAAGUAGUUUCUUUUAGAGUCAUGACUUUUACGUCUGAUUUCUUUAGACACAUCUCUGUAAAAAACCUGAGACAAACCUGAUGUAUUUACACAUAAACACAGUGUAUAUCCUGUAUUUAUCUGUUUAAGUCAUCAGAAACAGGAAUGUGGCAAAUGUAUAUUUUCUAUUGUAGUGAUCAGUGCAACCAACUUGGUUGUAAGAGGUAGUCUUCUACCGUCUUUAAUGGAAUGAAUGUGUGAAUACUAUGAAAAAAUGACAUGACAUUUAGUUUAUUCUCACAAAGGCAUUUGUUUUAUUAUUGUUCUGAUCUCACAGUUGCAAAAAAUGGUUUUAUCUAAUUUCCCUGAGGGAGUCAUCCCAAAGGGAUCAAUAAAGUCAAGUCUAAGUCUAA